CUUCAACGUGAUUAGUUUAUUCUUUCCAUAUUGUAGCCAUGGUUAACUCCGAAGCAGUAAGAACUGCAGUUGGAAUAAUUGGAAAUGUCAUUUCUUUUGGUUUAUUCAUGUCACCAGUACCUACAUUUAUUUCGAUAUUUAAGGCAAAAUCAGUACAAAAUUUUAGGUCAGAUCCAUACAUGGCAACCAUAUUGAAUUGUGGAGUGUGGGCAUUCUACGGACUGCCCUUCGUAACCAAAGAUAACACUCUUGUCAUCACAAUUAAUGGAUUUGGAUUCUUCCUUGAAAUCUUCUACGCUCUCGUCUUCUUUAUUUACUCAACCUGGAGCAAGAGGAGGAAGAUCAUGCUCAUCUUCCUUGGUGAAAUAAUCUUCCUUGCGUUACUGGUGUUUUUGGUGAUGACCUUUGUUCACACCCCCAACAGAAGAAAGGUGAUUGUUGGACCUAUCUGCAUAUUCUUCAACAUCCUUAUGUAUUUUUCACCCUUGACUGUAAUGACACGAGUGAUUCGAACCAAGAGCGUGAAAUACAUGCCUUUCUUACUUUCAUUCGCCAACUUCGCCAAUGGAAUUGUGUGGACAACCUAUGCCUUGCUUAAGUGGGAUCCAUUCAUCGUGAUUCCAAAUAGUUUGGGAACACUUUCUGGGUUGGUACAGCUCAUCCUCUACGUUGUUUACUAUCGAACAACCAACUGGGAUGAAGACGACGAACCCUCUAGCAUCGUAUGAUUUAUGCAUGCAAACUCACACAAGAUACAAAGUCAAGGGACAAAAAGAAUAAGAGUUUGUUUCAACAUAAAGUUGGAAGUCUUUUUCAGACCUUCUGACCGUAUUUCUGUUUAAGAAAAAGGAAAAAAAAAAAAAAAGUCCUGUGUUUUUUUAUAACCAAGUUCUCAACAAAACUCCUGGCUCCUAUUGAAACAUGCAUUAAUCGAUGGUUGUAGUUUUUGAAUUACAGCAUUGAUGUCUGGUAGAGAGCAUUGUUGUUGGCUUUAAAGAUGUAUAUGCUCAUCUGAGCUCAUGGGAAUAUUUUUUUGGUAUGAAUAAUAGCGGGUGACA